GUAUAAAAUGAGCCUGAGAUGUUCGCAUAGCCAACGCAGUCCACUAUUUGGAAACAUUUUUCCUUCCAGAUCGACGAAUCACGAACCCACCAUCGGACGCCAAGAUAAAAUAUGCGGCCAACAAUGACAGCCACGCACAUCGCAUUGGUUCUCCUACUAUUGGCUUGUUUCGGCCUCUCGGCCAACGAAGAGAAUGGUGGAAAUAUCGAAGCACGACGAGGAGAUACCUUUGCUUCUGGAAACCCUGGAGAAAAAGAAACCGAUCAUGUAACCACCGCUUCUAAAACAAAUCCAACUAAUGAGGGUGAAGCAACGAGCAAUGUUGGAGCAAACGAUACGAGCGAGGAUGUUUGUGAGGUUGAUGAAUCAAGUUCAGGUGCUAAUUUGUGUUGCCAUGACGUGGAAUGCAAGACAGGCAGAUAUGCAUGUGCAAAUUAUGAUGAUGGGCAAGAAUUUGUGUGUCUAAUAAAGAAGGAGGGAUUCCUCAGGAAACAACGAAAAGAGUGGAAAAAGCAGUGCCCGAAGCCGAAUACAUUUAGAUGUGCUUAUGUCGACCAGGAUGUCCGCCAGGAUUACAUGUGUAAUUGCACUAAACCUAUUCCCCCGACACAAGCGAAGCUAGGUAGAAACGAAUAAUUUCUACAUCUUCCGUCAUUGCUGUCUUCAAGUGAGGACAUCGUCCGAAGAUUUCUAUACUUAUACGAAAAACCAAUAAAGCUAUGCGCGAAAUACCCAUUUACUUUUAUCUAUUCAGGCAAU